CUUUAGACCUGAGACCAGCUUCAUUGUUACGCCUACAUUCAAUUUAUUAUAUUGUAUCGAACGCGAUUAUGACUUCUACCGCCGCGAUGGGUAAGCAAGGGAUUUCCGUGCUUUUUGUUUGCCUUGGCAACAUAUGUAGAUCCACCAUGGCCGAGGGAGUCUUUCGAUCUAUCGUGAAGGAUCAGUCAUCUCCCUACUACGAUCUCGUAGAUAAAGUGGAUUCUUGCGGGACAGGUGGAUAUCAUACUGGCGACGAACCCGACUCUAGAACGAUGUCGACCCUUGAAAGCCACGGCAUUACGAAUUACACGCACGCGGCGCGUAAGCUCCGUGAUAGUGACUUUCGAGAAUUCGACUAUAUAUUUGCAAUGGACAAGGCGAACCUAGAAGACCUCAAUCGAUGGAGGAGUAGAAGCAAAGACUCAACUAGCUCCAAGGCGCAGGUCAUGCUAUUUGGCGAGUUCUCCGGCACGGGCCGCAAGGAAGUAGUGCAAGAUCCUUACUACGUCGGUCGGGACGCUUUUGAAAAAGCAUAUGAACAGUGCAAGAGAUUCUCGAUCAACUUCCUAGAGCAAACAUUCCCCGAUGCUAGUAAGACGACGACGACAUAAAUCUAAUAAUACCUAAGAUUUGUUUUCCUGUCUAGUUAGUUAGAUUAUACAUAGACGGGCUAAUAGACGUUAUGAGCACACGACGGAGUCUGAGGACAACGACGGGAUUUAUAGAGACGAGUAACGAUAGAUAGAUCAUGUCUGGUAGUCCUCUUCCGUAGGUAGUUUUCUUACAGUCAAUAUUAGCUGAGUGAACACUGAACAUAGAUCAGGUUACCGAGUACCUAAGCUGGUAGGGCAACAGAAACAGAGAGUUGCUGCCCGUCGUCUUACAAGCUGCAACCUUGAGACUGGAUCUAUUUAUGAAACAAGCUAAAUAAAGUUGUUUAAUGCUCGUUAGAACAAAUGUCGCUAGUGCGGAUCUAGGUCGUAUUGGUGCGAGAUUUUUGGGGGCUAAAAUGGAAUCUUCCCUCAGCCUCAGCUCAGCCCCCUAGAAUACGGAAGAUGACCACAUGUUUAUCGAACAAGCUCUG